CCUGGGUCCCCGCUGCUGAAGCAUGCUGGCCGCCCUGCUGUGGGGGGCUGCCCUGGGGGUCGUGCUGCUGGGGGGGGCCCUGGAGAGCAGGGGGGGCUGCGCCCGCCACCUGCAGUGGGUGCCCCAGCCCCACAGCGAGACCUUCGCCCAGGCUCAGCACCAGCCCUACCUGACCCUCUGCGGGGGCCGCGUCUGCAGCACCUACCGCACCACGUACCGGGUGGCCUCACGGCGGGUGGAGCGGCGGGUGCUGCGGCCCGGCCUCAUCUGCCAGCAGGCGCCCACCCUGGAGUCCCUCUCAGCCCACCUGAAGGUGCUGCAGGAGCGGAUGGAGGCGCUGGAGCAGGCGCUGGGGGGGCCCCUGCAGUACCUGGACCGGGUGGAGACUUUGGGGGAGCAGCUGAUGGACCUGGAGGAGCGACUGGGGGCCUGUGACUGUGGGGGCGGGAAGAAUGCCUUCGGGUACAAGACCCGCCGCUGACAUCAUUCCCACCCCCCAAUGACAUCAUGACUCAGCCACCGUGAUAUCAUGAGGCGCCACAACUGGGGGGGUUUAUUAAAAGCGGGGGGUCUCCAAGCCGGGGGCAGGAGGAAAAUUUGGCAAAAUCCGC